AUGCUGCUGCUCAUGGCCUACUACUCUGUUCACACCCCUCCCUCCCUCCCUCCCUCCCUCCCUCCCUCGCCACCCUAUCCUGUCAUCUGUUUCAGUUACGUGAAUAAGGAGUGCCUGUGACACAUGCAGGGCAAAGCGUUCAGCCCCAGUCCCUCACUGUGUUGUGUGUGUGUGUGUGUGUGGUGGGUGGGGGGGGGGGGAUGUAAGUUGGAAGUGGAAAUUUACAGUCCCGAAUCAGUAUCUGGAGAGUUGGUUCACGACUGUGCCCAAUCUCCACAUAGGAUUUAAUUGUCUUUAGCUGAGGGCGGCCCUCGCUGUCAGCUCCACUUCUUGUGAGCAGUGUUGGCAUAAAGACAUUCAGUACAGAGGAAUGGUGACAGCUGAGAGAGAAGCACACUACAUAUAGCCACAGCCAUGAAGGAAAUGUAAGUCCUUGGAAUUACUCAACUGGAAUGAUAAAAUAGCCUUAUCUAAAUAUUUUUGUCAAGUGAUUAUUAAGGUCUGUUUUGGGAUGCUUUUUGUUUAAACUGAAUAAGCAAUUUCAUGUAAGUACUUAGAAACCCUUGAAUUAGCAUAUUUUAAAUGUCUUUGUUAAUGCUUUAAGUGUGAAAAGGGGGAACUACUUCACCAAGACUAUGGAUUGCAUUCAGUCCUUUAUGUCCGUUUACCUUGUAUCUUUUGCAAUGCAUGUUUGUACAGAAUUUUUCUUUGUUUGACUGACUAUCAGAUGCUAAGUUGGAGAUGUGUCUAAUAAAAUCUAAUCAAAUCUAAUUUUAUGUGUAGACCUUACCGUGAAAUGCUUACUUACGAGCCCUUAACCAACAAUGCAGUUCAAGAAAUAGAGUUAAGAAAAUAUUUACUAAAUAAAUUAAAGUAAAAAAUAAAUGCAGUGUUUUCAGAUAAUGACAGUGUGAUGUUUUAGAAGGGUUUGAGAAUGUCUGGUCAAGAGUGUCUGGGUGGGUCACGUAGUCGAUCCCAUGGACUGUUUGCCUUAAGUCUAUCUGACGGCAGACAGCCUCCCAGCACCCAGCAGGUGAAAGCACAUAGAGCAAGAGAGAGAGAGAGAGAGAUAGAGGGAUAGAGAGUGGAAGAGAAAUAGAGUGGGCGAGAGCUGAUCCAGUUAUGUAAUGAGGUUUGAGAGUGGAAAGCGAUUCAAGUUGACUUGUCAUGCAUAAUAGAGACAGAGAGAACCUAGAAAAUGACAGAGCAGAAUGAGCAGAGCAAUGGAGAGGAACAUAAUAUGAGCUGGAUUGAGUAAUGAGGGGUUGUGUGGUUGUAGCUCAAGCAGCCAUUUUAAAGGGCAAUUUCAAUUUUUUUAAAACUUCAUAUUCAUAAUCUCCAGCACCACCCCAACAUCAACAUAUGUGAAAAUUGCGCGUUUCUAUGUUUUGUAGUGAAAAAGAUAGAGGAAGAUAAGUGUUUCCAGUGACAUCAUCAGUGUGCAUUGUGUGAUUUGAACCAAUUAUGAGUAGGCAAAACAUAGAAAUACUCCACUUUCACACAUGUUGAUGUUGGGGUGGUGCUGGAGAUGAUGUAUAUGAAGUUGAAGUGAAAUUUCCCUUUAAUCAUUUAAUGAAAGAAUGAGUAGUUAUUUGAGACUGCAAGACAAGUUCACUUUUUUAUCAGACUCUGAAAAACAGAAGCACAGAGAGGUCACUGGUCAAUGUGUGCAGCUUUGCAUUAGAUUUUCACAAUGUGGUAUUUGUCUGUGAAUAGCUACAAUGUGUGUGGAGCUGCUUAAAAGCAGCUCUGUUCUAUUUCUUAGUCUGCCUGUACAGUGGCUACAUGAGGUAACUGUGUGGAGUGUUAGUCAUACGACAAGGUGAAUGAGGAUACCGUAUGUUUUAACUGAGAGUAGUUGGCUGCCUUUCAACUGAGAGUAGUUUGGAUAGAUUGUUCUGUAAACUGGCAAUACAUGUAUGUAUUUGAAAAGAAAAAGAAAAAAUUAUAACCACAAAUGGUGCUAAGUGUUAAGUGGCAAGUCCAGGCACUCCUGUGGUUUGAAAGUUAAAAAGCCUUUAAUGUAUGGGCUGACAUGAUUAAAAUACACCAACGCCUAUAGGCUUACACCUUCAUCAGGGUAUCUGACAAUAAUAUGUAUUGUUGAGAGAUCCAACUAUAAAUCAACUUUGAAUUAUACUGUCACUUUCAGAGGCUAAAAGAGAAACAUUUACUUUUUGGAGAAAGAUUUGUUCUCUAGCUACUGUUCUGUGAAUCUUUUGGAAACCAAGCACCUAGUCGACUGACUCGUAAGCUUUUGUGAGGAAACCAAUCCUCAAUGACAGAUUUAUUUUGGAGCCAGUGAGAGUAGAGGGGAAGCCUUUGAUGUUCUCAGUUUCUGCCAACUGCAUUUGUCUGAGUCUGCCUCAAAAGGACAGGAAACCUUACCCUGUUACACUGGUAUUAGCAGACUUACAAUUAAUCAUAGCUGCUUUUUUCAUUCUUCCUGUUUAUACGGCGCCAUUCAUUAUAUUCCAGUAGUAAGCUUGAAUCAAUUUGUGUCUUAACAUGUCCAAAGAAUUUCUUGUCCACCAAUACCUCCUGCCCUGCCAUGCUUUGGUUGUUUUACAGCCCUUUGGCACAGGCAGGGAAACGGGAUACCUGAGACAGUAAUUACAAAUCCUGUCUUUCUUGGAAAGGCUGUUUACAGUAUAAACAUUCAGUGAACUUAAGCUGUGGGAUCUUCCGGAACCCAUCCAAGCCUUCGGCAUGGACACGGAUACAGUGCCUUCAGAAAGUAUUCACACCCCUUGACUUUUUCCACAGUUUGUUGUGUUACAGCCUGAAUUUAAAAUGUAUGAAACUGAUAUUUUUUGUCAGACACAAUCCCCAAUAAUAUCAAAGUAGAAUUAUGUUUUUAGAAAUGUUUACAAAUGAAUAAAAAAUGAAGUCAAUAAGUAUUGAACCCCUUUGUUAUGGCAAGCCUAAAUAAGUUCAGGAGUUAAAAUGUGCUUAACAAGUUGCAUAAUAAGUUGCAUGGACUCACUCUGUGUGCAAUAAUAGUGUUUAACAUUAUUUGUUAAUGACUACCUCAUCUCUGUACCCCACACAUACAAUUAUCUGUAAGGACCCUCAGUCGAGCAAAGAAUUUCAAACACAGAUUCAACCACAAAGACCAAGGAGGUUUUCCAAUGCCUCGCAAAGAAGGGCACCUAUUGGUACAGUGGGGGGAAAAAAGUAUUUAGUCAGCCACCAAUUGUGCAAGUUCUCCCACUUAAAAAGAUGAGAGGCCUGUAAUUUUCAUCAUAGUUACACGUCAACUAUGACAGACAAAUUGAGAAUUUUUUUCCCCAGAAAAUCACAUUGUAGGAUUUUUAAUGAAUUUAUUUGCAAAUUAUGGUGGAAAAUAAGUAUUUGGUCACCUACAAACAAGCAAGAUUUCUGGCUCUCACAGACCUGUAACUUCUUCUUUAAGAGGCUCCUCUGUCCUCCACUCGUUACCUGUAUUAAUGGCACCUGUUUGAACUUGUUAUCAGUAUAAAAGAUACCUGUCCACAACCUCAAACAGUCACACUCCAAACUCCACUAUGGCCAAGACCAAAGAGCUGUCAAAGGACACCAGAAACAAAAUUGUAGACCUGCAUCAGGCUGGGAAGACUGAAUCUGCAAUAGGUAAGCAGCUUGGUUUGAAGAAAUCAACUGUGGGAGCAAUUAUUAGGAAAUGGAAGACAUACAAGACCACUGAUAAUCUCCCUCGAUCUGGGGCUCCACGCAAGAUCUCACCCCGUGGGGUCAAAAUGAUCACAAGAACGGUGAGCAAAAAUCCCAGAACCACACGGGGGGACCUAGUGAAUGACCUGCAGAGAGCUGGGACCAAAGUAACAAAGCCUACCAUCAGUAACACACUACGCCGCCAGGGACUCCAAUCCUGUAGUGCCAGACGUGUCCCCCUGCUUAAGCCAGUACAUGUCCAGGCCCGUCUGAAGUUUGCUAGAGUGCAUUUGGAUGAUCCAGAAGAGGAUUGGCCUAGCCAGUCUCCAGAUCUCAACCCCAUAGAAAAUCUUUGGAGGGAGUUGAAAGUCCGUGUUGCCCAGCGACAGCCCCAAAACAUCACUGCUCUAGAGGAGCAACAGUGGUGAAAACCUUGAAGACUUACAGAAAACGUUGACCUGUGUCAUUGCCAACAAAGGGUAUAUACAAGUAUGAGAACUUUUGUUAUUGACCAAAUACUUAUUUUCCACCAUAAUUUGCAAUAAAUCAUAAAAAUCCUACAAUGUGAUUUUCUGGAUUUAAUUUUCUCAUUUGUCUGUCACUAGUUGACGUGUACCAUGAUGAAUUACAGCCCUCUCUCAUCUUUUUAAGUGGGAGAACUUGCACAAUUGGUGGCUGACUAAAUACUUUUUUCCCCCACUGUAGGUAGGUAAAAAAAAAAAGCAGACAUUGAAUAUCCCUUUGAGCAUGGUGCAGUUAUUAAUUACACUGUGUAUGGUGUAUCAAUACACCCAGUUACUACAAAGAUACAGGCGUCCUUCCUAACUCAGUUGCUGGAGAGGAAGAAAACCGCUCAGGGAUUUUACCUUGAGGUAAAUGGUGACUUUGAAAACAGUUACAGAGUUUAAUGGCUGUGAUAGUAGAAAAGUGAGGAUGGACUCCAAUUGACAGAGUGAAAAGAAGGAAGCCUGUACAGAAUAUUCCAAAACAUGUAUCCUGUUUGCAACAAGGCACUAAAGUAAUAUUGCAAAAAAUUUGGCAAAUCAAUUAACUUUGCCCUGAAUACAAAGUGUUAAGUUUGGGGCAAGUACAAUACAACACAUUACUGAGUACCACUAUCCAUAUUUUCAAGCAUAGUGGUGGCUGCAUCAUAUAAUGGGUAUGCUUGUAAUUGUUAAGGACUGGGGAGUUUUUCUGGAUAAAAAAUAAACAGAAUGGAGCUAAGCACAGGCAAAAUCCUGAUUCAGUCUGCUUUCCACCAGACACUGGGAGAUAAAAUACACAGCCCAAAAUAAGCACUUUUAUUUGGGUAUUUGAAUGAUUAUUUGUAAAAACCAAAUAGUCUGCCAAAAUAUAUUUGACUGUAUGUUCAAUACUUAUUUAAAAUACUAUUUUCAAAUACCCGGGUUAAAUGCAUGGGAGUUUAUUUGAGUCAGUGUAUUUGAGUUUUUCAUAUACUUUCCAAGUGUAUUUCCAAAUACAUUAAAAUAUGAAACUACUUUUCAAAUAAAAUAUACAGUGGGGAGAACAAGUAUUUGAUACACUGCCGAUUUUCCUACUUACAAAGCAUGUAGAGGUCUGUAAUUUUUAUCAUAGGUACACUUCAACUGUGAGAGACGGAAUCUAAAACAACAAUCCAGAAAAUCACAUUGUAUGAUUUUUAAGUAAUUAAUUUGCAUUUUAUUGCAUGACAUAAGUAUUUGAUACAUCAGAAAAGCAGAACUUAAUAUUUGGUACAGAAACCUUUGUUUGCAAUUACAGAGAUCAUACGUUUCCUGUAGGUCUUGACCAGGUUUGCACACACUGCAGCAUGGAUUUUGGCCCACUCCUCCAUACAGACCUUCUCCAGAUCCUUCAGGUUUCGUGGCUGUCGCUGGGCAAUACAGAAUUUCAGCUCCCUCCAAAGAUUUUCUAUUGGGUUCAGGGUUGGAGACUGGCUAGGCCACUCCAGGACCUUGAGAUGCUUCUUACGGAGCCACUCCUUAGUUGCCCUGGCUGUGUGUUUCAGGUCGUUGUCAUGCUGGAAGACCCAGCCACGACCCAUCUUCAAUGCUCUUACUGAGGGAAGGAGGUUGUUGGCCAAGAUCUUGCAAUACAUGGCCCCAUCCAUCCUCCCCUCAAUACGGUGCAGUUGUCCUGUCCCCUUUGCAGAAAAGCAUCCCCAAAGAAUGAUGUUUACACCUCCAUGCUUCACGGUUGGGAUGGUGUUCUUGGGGUUGUACUCAUCCUUCUUCUUCAUCCAAACACGGCAGGUGGAGUUUAGACCAAAAAGCUCUAUUUUUGUCUCAUCAGACCACAUGACCUUCUCCCAUUCCUCCUCUGGAUCAUCCAGAUGGUCAUUGGCAAACUUCAGACGGGCCUGGACAUGCGCUGGCUUGAGCAGGGGGACCUUGAGUGCACUGCAGGAUUUUAAUCCAUGACGGCGUAGUGUGUUACUAAUGGUUUUCUUUGAGACUGUGGUCCCAGCUCUCUUCAGGUCAUUGACCAGGUCCUGCCGUGUAGUUCUGGGCUGAUCCCUCACUUUCCUCAUGAUCAUUGAUGCCACACGAGGUGAGAUCUUGCAUGGAGCCCCAGACCGAGGGUGAUUGACCGUCAUCUUGAACUUCUUCCAUUUUCUAAUAAUUGCGCCAACUGUUGUUGCCUUCUCACCAAGCUGCUUGCCUAUUGUCCUGUAGCCCAUCCCAGCCUUGUGCAGGUCUACAAUUUUAUCCCUGAUGUCCUUACACAGCUCUCUGGUCUUGGCCAUUGUGGAGAGGAUAGUCUGUUUGAGUGUGUGGACAGGUGUAUUUUAUACAGGUAACGAGUUCAAACAGGUGCAGUUAAUACAGGUAAUGAGUGGAGAACAGGAGGGCUUCUUAAAGAAAAACUAACAGGUCUGUGAGAGCCGGAAUUCUUACUGGUUGGUAGGUGAUCAAAUACUUAUGUCAUGCAAUAAAAUGCAAAUUAAUUACUUAAAAAUCAUACAAUGUGGUUUUCUGGAUUUUUGUUUUAGAUUCCGUCUCUAACAGUUGAAGUGUACCUAUGAUAAAAAUUACAGACCUCUACAUGCUUUGUAAGUAGGAAAACCUGCAAAUGCAGCAGUGUAUCAAAUACUUGUUUCCCCACUGUAUCUGAAUACUUACUUCGAAUGCAUGUGAAAGUAAUUGAGCUAUUUGACAUAGUAUUUGAACUCAGGUCUGAUUACCAGGACAUGUCUCAAUAUGAUAUCCCUGGUUAAUUAAUGGAUACAAAAUUAUACAUAAUCAAGAUUGUCUAUAUUAUGCAAAUUGUAUGUGUACAGUGUAACUGUGCACAAGUGAAGAUUGUUCAACCCAGAGAGAUUUGCAAUGCAAGAUGGAAUGUAUAUCCAAUGUGAAGUAAAUAAAAGAGAACUGUGGCGAGGAGGAAGCCAUACAGUGACUCCUGUAGCAGUUCUCAUUGCAGGCUCUAUACUGACACAUAGCUAGCUGUAUCACUGUAUCACGCCAUGGCUGACUAUACAGCACGUGAGAUACCCUCAUCUUGCUAAUGCGCCAUCCUAUCUCUGCCUUAUCCGGCUCACGUCUCUCUCUCUUCCUGUUCAUCUCUCUCUCUCUCGCGCUUUCUCUAACUCUCUCUCUCUCUCUCUCUCUUUCCCUCUAUAGCAUGGCACAGAAAGAGAAACUCCAAUGUCUGAAGGAUUUCCACAAGGACACGCUGAAGCCUUCGCCAGGGAAGAGCCCGGGCACGCGGCCGGAGGACGAGGCAGAGGGCAAGCCCAUCCAGAGGGAGAAGUGGGCCAGCAAGCUAGACUUUAUCUUGUCUGUGGCCGGAGGCUUUGUCGGUUUAGGGAACGUGUGGCGCUUCCCGUACCUCUGCUAUAAGAAUGGUGGAGGUAUGCAUUCAAAUGAACAUUGGCCCUUUCUCCAUACAGACAGCUCUUAAAAUGGGGGGUCACUCAAGUUUGAUAAUAGUUUUCAGGAACCUUCAAAAAAGUCGUCGGGGACUGCAAUUACAGGCUUUUGAUUUGUGAAAUGGCUGUGGGUGGGCACAUACUGUAGACCCUGACAUUUGUAGGCUAACUGUCUGUUCCCUUUCCCUCUCUCUCGCUUCCUCUCCUCCACCCAGGUGCAUUUCUCAUCCCAUACACCAUCUUCCUGUUUGGUGGAGGCCUGCCGGUGUUCUUCCUGGAGGUGGCUCUGGGACAGUAUACCUCUGAGGGAGGCAUCACCUGCUGGGAAAAACUCUGCCCCAUCUUCACCGGUGAGUCACCACACUGCUUCCCAUUGUCCUAAUACCAUUCCCCCCUGUUGCCCUUAGACCAGUCAUCAUCAGGGAAAGUAGGCAGGGAAAGGAGGUUGUGUAAGCCUUCUUGGACAUGUACUGUAGGUGGUAACGUCAGAGACUGACAGAGGGAUUAGUGAAGAGCCUAAACACAGCAGAGUUUCCAUUAGUGAAAGCUCAGGCGGGGUGCCAAACAUGCUUGGUGCCUUCUUAGUGCAUUGUCCCAUUGCAAAAAAAAUCGCUACUAAAAAUAAUGAUGUUACCAGCCUUUGAUCUAGCCUCAAUGUUCUUCAUGUCCUGCUAAAAAAAUCAAAAUCCAGUGACAAUACCCAAACCGCAGUUGUCCUGUUUUUCUGACUGCUCUUGUGAAACUCCCCAACAGCGUCCAGCAGCGCUGAUUGUGCUGUUGGUCUGUGGGUUGCUAGACUCAGUGCACAGACAUUGAGUUCUGCUGAGGUGUCCCUCCCUGUGUUCCAAUGGGUAAUUGGACAACAGUUACUUCAUUCAUUAGCAUGCUCUGUGAUGUGUAAAAUACAUUAUUCAGCAUAGCUGUGGAGCAGACUGGUCCCAGAUAUGGAUGUGCUUCAGCCAACUGUCUCUGACUAUGCUUUUGACAUGCAUAAGGAUUUAGCUAAAGCACACAGUGCUGGUGAUCUGGGACCAGGUUAGUUGAGGAUUGCCUCAUUUGCAUUGGAGCCUGGAGUGGACGUCAUCAAACACCAAACAUUGAACACUCUAAAAGGCGCUGCAUGGUCAAUCAGACGUCUGCAUUGGCCGUGCAGCAUUUACGGUGAUACUGCCUCUGCAGAAGUCAGGGCAUUCAUACUUCUUGUGCUUCACGGAGAAGCGCAGAGCUGUUGAGCAGAGCUGUUGUGAAGGAAGUAGUCAAGGAAGUGAGUUUGUGUUUUUACAGGACCGCCUGCCCCCACCUACCGUCAACCAAUCAUGUCAAUGCGGAGGUAUACUGAGCUAUACGGAGCCCUCCGCAUUGUUAUAAAAAUUUGGGAGGCACACAGCGAUGCAGUACGGAGCUCAAUUUUGGCCUCUGCAUGCCUCUGAAGGCUCUGCAAUUGCGUCACACCCACCAUACGUACGGAGCCUUCGACCACACCGGAUCAAGCAUAAAUUGCCAUUUAGACUGGCCUAUUUUUUUGUCUUGUGGCAGCUAAAUACAAACAUAUACACGCACAUGUAUUUUCAGCCUUGGUUGUGUAAAGUAGUGCUGAGUUCUGUGUUACCAUGGCAACAGAGAAGGGUAGCGCGAGUUGCCUAGCGAUGGGAUCUGCCCCAAAAUAAUACAUAUCUCAUGCAGUGGAUCAGCAAUGAAAACACUCAGCAUUUUUCAUGAAAUGAUGGACGGUGUAGGUCUUGGCAACAGAGGCCACCUGUUUUGUUUGUCAGCACCACGGAUAUGUUAUCGGAUAAUAGCAAGAUGUCGUUAUUCCAGUCCUGGCGUCAGGGUUUGGCACUGUAACGUAUCUCCUUAUCAGUCAGGGUCCUGCCAUAAGUUUACACUGUGAUAUACUACAGGCAGACCAGUUAAAACAUGUAGACCAGUAGGUAGAGAGACAGCUCCCAGCCAUAAGCUGCUAUUCCAUGAAGCCCUGAACGGCAGGUAGAAAGAGACAGCUGAAGACUGGGGGUGCAACCAAUCUUCAGCAGCUGUUGAUGAGCUUGAAUAAUCAAGGAGUGCUGAGGCAGCUGCCUAAUUGACUGGCGGGUUGUGUGAACUGGCACACACACACAUGCACGUGCGCACGCACGCACGCACACACACUCACUUGCGUACGCACACACUCACUUGCGCGCACACACGCACGUGCGCACGCACACACACGUGAGCACACACACACGUGCGCACACCCACAUAGGUGGCCUAUAGGCCGGCUGCCAUUGUCCCUCUUAGUGUUUUAUCACACCUUCAGAAGGCCUGCCUUGCCUCACCCACCACACACACAACCCUGGCUGGCAGAGGUGACGCCACUUUACAAAUAGUUCAGAGGAGUGGAAGACUACAGGGGAUUUCUGGGACCAAGGUCAUUAUUACCGGAGUUAGUACACUCAAGCCAGGGAAACAUCCUCUCUCUGAAAUAGGAGUGUUGAGUUGUGAACAUUUGAGUCAGUGGAUUGAUUUCCAUUGGUUUUAUGGCCAUAAAUCUACUCAAAAGGCACUAGGUCAGUGCUGUUCACUGAAGUGCUUCCAGCUCCAAUGUUGGCUUUACUUAGUUUAGUUUACAAGGGGAUUAAGUGACACAUACUGUAGCCCAUAUGGCACUGUUCUAAAACAGUAAAUGGAUAAAUUGGAUAUGUGAUAGACUAAUAUAGUUGAUUAUUUUAAUAUGUAUUUAUUUAUGUAUCGAUACUUUAUUACAUGUAGAGGGUGGCAGGUAGCCUGGCGGGUAGGAGCAUUGGGCCAGUAACCGAAAGGUUGCUGGAUCGAUUCCCCGAGCUGACAAGGUAAAAAUCUAUCGUUCUGCCCUGAGCAAGGCAGUUAACCCAUUUCAGUUGAAUGCAUUCAGUUGUACAACUGACUAGGUGUCUCCCUUUUCCCUAAUUGUUUAAAACCCAAUCAAGAUACUUGUUCUAUUGGAGUUCUGUUGUUUGGGGUGGUUAUAUGGCAUUUAGCCACAAAACAUGAUUAUUUGUCUCCCUAAAAUAAAAUGACCUUGCAAUAUAUUUCUAACAAAAUCAUAUCUGUUUUUGAAUCGGUAAGAUGAAAACAGAAUAGCUCUAUCUCUUUCACAAGAUGUGUUUUUAAUUCAUAUCAAUUUACCAAUAUUUCAAAUCAAUUGAUAUAUCACGUUUUGGAAUGAAACUCUUGUGGUUUCACUAUUUAGUUGUAGGACAUCGAUUUUUCAUGGUGAUUUCAUCAUGGCUGUAACUUAUUCCAGGAACACUAGUUCUCUGUUUACUCCCAUGCUUCUGCACUGGUUUACUGAUAUAAUAAAGAAUCAAUCCUGUAAUGGUUUUAAAUAAUUAUUUCUCUUCUCUGUAGGUAUUGGCUAUGCCUCUAUUGUGAUCGUCUCUCUCCUGAACAUCUACUACAUAGUGAUUCUAGCCUGGGGACUCUACUACCUAUUCCAGUGCUUUCAGCCGGAGCUGCCCUGGGCCAAAUGCAAUCAGCCGUGGAACACAGACCGGUGUGUGGAGGACACAGUCCGCAAGAACAAGACCCUGAUGCUGGCUGCCAACAUCACCAACUUCACCUCGCCCGUCACUGAGUUCUGGGAGUGAGUAGUCACUGUCCGACAGCUGGGUUAACUCUGUUCUGACACACACAGACAAACACAAAUGGAUACACACACGCACACGCACGCACACACACACACACACCUUUCAUGCAUACACACGUACGUGAACACAGUCACAUUCUGUCCACAUUUACAAGGUCAAAUACAAACUCAAAUAUAAACAGUACAGAUACUGUGCCUCUUCCUUGUUUGCUGUAAACUUAUGUUUGGAUGGGCAACAUUUCCAGAAACAGAAAUCACACUGAACUUUAAUAAACUCCCCCUCGGUCAUGAUGUUCAUUCUAUCUUUAAAUUGGAUCAUUUCACUGUACUAUAUUUGGAUCAAGGGGUAUUAUCCUUUUCUUUUCCUCUUAAAAGUCCUGCCAAAGUUGUAUCCUCUUGGGAAGCCACAAUCACUUAACUUCAAAUCACAAUUUACGUUAAGAUUAUGCUUAUUUACAUUUGGCCAACACAAAAUCCAACAGCAUAGAUGAUAUCUACUACUAGUCAUACAGUUGAAGUCCGAAGUUUACAUACACUUAGGUUGGAGUCAUUAAAACUUGUUUUUCAACCACUCCACUAAUUUCUUGUUAACAAACUAUAGUUUUGGCAAGUCAGUUAGGACAUCUACUUUGUGCAUGACACAAGUAAUUUUUCCAACAAUUGUUUGCGGACAGAUUAUUUCACUUAUAAUUCACUGUAUCACAAUUUCAGUGGGUCAGAAGUUUACAUACACUACAUUGACUGUGCCUUUAAACAGCUUAGAAAAUUCCAGAAAAUGAUGUCAUGGCUUUAGAAGCUUAUGAUAGGCUAAUUGACAUCAUUUGAGUCAAUUGGAGGUGUACCUGUGGAUGUAUUUCAAGGCCUACCUUCAAACUCAGUGUCUCUUUGCUUGACAUCAUGGGAAAAUCAAAAUAAAUCAGCCAAGACUUCAGAAAAAAAUGUGUAGACCUCCACAAGUCUGGUUCAUCCUUGGGAGCAAUUUCCAAACGCCUGAAGGUACCACGUUCAUCUGUACAAACAAUAGUACGCAAGUAUAAACACCAUGGGACCACGCAGCCUUCAUACCGCUCAGGAAGGAGACGCGUUCUGUCUCCUGAGGUGAACGUACUUUGGUGCGAAAAGUGCAAAUCAAUCCCAGAACAACAGCAAAGGACCUUGUGAAGAUGCUGGAGGAAACAGGUACAAAAGUAUCUAUAUCCACAGUAAAACGAGUCCUAUAUCGACAUAACCUGAAAGGCUCAGUAAGGAAGAAGCCACUGCUCCAAAACCGCUAUAAAAAAGCCAGACUACAGUUUGCAACUGCACAUGGGGACAAAGAUCGUACUUUUUGGAGAAAUGUCCUCUGGUCUGAUGAAACAGAAAUAGAACCGUUUGGCCAUAAUGACUAUCGUUAUGUUUGGAGGAAAAAGGGAGAACGCUUGCAAGCCGAAGAACACCAUCCCAACCGUGAAGCACAGGGGUGGCAGCAUCAUGCUGUGGGGGUGCUUUGCUGCAGGAGGGACUGGUGCACUUCACAAAAUAGAUGGCAUCAUGAGGAAGAAAAAUUAUGUGGAUAUAUUGAAGCAAUCUCAAGACAUCAGUCAGGAAGUUAAAGCUUAGUCGCAAAUGGGUCUUCCAAAUGGACAAUGACCCCAAGCAUACUUCAAAAGUUGUGGCAAAAUGCCUUAAGGACAACAAAGUCAAGGUAUUGGAGUGGCCAUCACAAAGCCCUGACCUCAAGCCUAUAGAAAAUGCGUGGGCAGAACUGAAAAAGCGUGUGUGAGCAAGGAGGCCUACAAACCUGACUCAGUUACACCAGCUUUGUCAGGAGGAAUGGGCCAAAAUUCACCCAACUUAUCGUGGGAAGCUUGUGGAAGGCUACCCGAAAUGUUUGACCCAAGUUAAACAGUUUAAAAGCAAUGUUACCAAAUACUAAUUGAGUGUAUGUAAACUUCUGACCCACUGGGAAUGUGAUGAAAGAAAUAAAAGCUGAAAUUAAUAAUUCUCUCUACAAUUAUUCUGACAUUUCACAUUCUUAAAAUAAAGUGGUGAUCCUAACUGACCUAAGACAGGGAAUCUCUACUAGGAUUAAAUGUCAGGAAUUGUGAAAAACUGAGUUUAAAUGUAUUUGGCUAAGGUGUAUGUAAACUUCUGACUUCAACUGUAUAUACUGAGUGUACAAAACAUUAAGAACACCUGCUCUUUCCAUGACAUAGACUGACCAGGUGAAUCCAGGUGAAAGCUAUGAUCCCUUAGUGAUGUCAUUAUUUUUAUCGACUUCAAUCAGUGUAGAUGAAGGGGAGGAUUACAGGUUAAGCCUUGAGACAAUUGAGACAUGGAUUGUGUAUGUGUGCCAUUCAGAGGGUGAACGGGAAAGACAAAAGAUUUAAGUGCCUUUGAACGGGGCAUGGUAGUAGAUGCCAGUCUCACCGGUUUGUGUCAAGAACUGCAACAUUGCUGGGUUUUUCAUGCUCAACAGUUUUCCAUGUGUAUCAAUAAUGGUCCACCACCCAGAGGACAUCCAGCCAACUUGACACAACUGUGGGAAGCGUUGGCGUCAACAUGGGCCAGCAUCCAUGUGGAACGCUUUUGACACCUUGUAGAGUCCAUGCCCCGACGAAUUGAGGCUGUUCCACAGAAAUAGAACACAUAGAAUGAAAAGAACAUUCUGUCAUAUUCUCUCAAAAUUCUCUAAGGGCACAGUUCAUUCAGGCCCAGGGUGUGCUAGAGCAGAGGACGGUUGGUGAAAACUAGACCUCACAGACACACUAUUACCCCACCGUCACAUCAUGUGGAUGUUUGCUUUUCACUGCUGUGAUGUAACCUCUGUUGGCAUGAAACCUUGGUCAGGACCCACAGGAAUUAUGACAUGUCACACUUGCCCUACUUUUUUAAAAUGUUUUUGUAGAGCAGGAAACAUACUGUACUGUAUCCUUCAGGGGUCUACAUAAGCCUACAGUUCUGUCCCGUCAGAACAGUCAUUAACCUGGAUGCUGUCUGCCCCCUCUCUGCUAAGACGCAACGUGCUGAGCAUCUCCUCUGGAAUUGAUGACAUCGGGCCACUGAAGUGGGACUUAGCCCUGUGUCUCCUGGCAGUAUGGAUCGUCUGCUUCUUCUGCAUCUGGAAGGGAGUCAAGUCCACUGGGAAGGUGUGUAGAAGCAUGAUGUGGUUGUUAUCAGGCUUGUUUGUAGUCUCUUAAAAAGAGUGUUUACAGAUGUAGGAUCUUAAUUUGAUCACCCAGUUGCAGAAUAACUUUACUAUGAAAAAUGUAUCAACCCCUACAAAAAUGUCCAUUAAUUAUAAUCCACAUAAUAAUUCACAUUUCCUGUUGCUGCAGGAUUAUUUUCCUGCUGUAGCAAACUGGCUCAAGUGAAGAUCCUACAUCUGUAUGUACACACCCAAAAAGGGACUCAAUGCUGACAGUGUGUUAGUGUGCAGUACAGUACAGCAGAUGUGUCCAACACUGAUCACUAAACCACUUAAAGGACCACUGUGGCUUGUUGGGAGACUGAUCAACUGUCUAUUUGGCAAACUGUUACGGAAAUACCCCAUUCGUGGUUUCAGCUCCCUACUUAAACAAAACACAGAAUUAGCCCCUUCCAUUAUGGUAAACCGUUGCAUAUCCAGCAUUACCAUAUCUUAACAAGGUAGUGGCUUAAAUCCACACUGUAAAAGGCUGCCAUUAUUACCAUGUAAUACAUUUUCUUAUCCCAACGCACCUAGAGCAAACACAGAGCUCUACAGGUCACCUGGUUAUGUUAUGGAGGCCUCUCCUUACAUGACAGCAGCUGUUAUUUCAGUUAAAAGCUAUUGUAAAAUAUAUUUCCAUGCAUUCACUCCAGCUGCCCACCCCAACUGAAAACACCUCACACAAUGCAAUCCACAACAGUCAACUAUCUUUGUGCAGUUGUGUCGUACUGUAUAAUCCAUGCUCCCUUUCCUAUUUGGUUAAACCCAUUUUUUUUUCCAAGAAAGAAACAUUCAAUUCUGUAAAAUGGCCGACUACGCCACUUUUAAAAAUUAUAUUAUGAAACCUUGACUUCAGUUGAUGGGCUGUCUCUGGAGCCUCUAAGGAGUGGGUAGACAUUACCCUCAAUCUAACCACUGACACAGAAUCAGAUAUUUCUUAAUCCCCUUAAUGAUUGGGGAUUGUUUUUUUUUCCUUCUUUUUUUGUCAUUUAGCAGACACUCUUAUCCAGAGUGACUUACAGGAGCAAUUAGGGUUAAGUGCCUUGCUCAAGUGCACAUCAACAGAUUUUUCACCUAGUCGGCUCGGGGAUUAGAACCAGCGACUUUUCGGGUACUGGCACAACGCUCUUAACCACUAAGCUACCUGCCGCCCAGGUAAACUGAUCCUAGAUCUGUAGUUUGGGGCAACUUCUACCUCAAGCAUCCGCUCCAAGUUCCAUUCCGUUAUGAAACCUUUACAUCAGCUAAUAAAUCUAUAUUUGUCACUAUCUGUUUUCUCUAGGUGGUGUAUAUCACAGCAACUUUCCCUUUCGUCAUGCUUAUUGUGCUGCUGGUGCGUGGAGUGACUCUGCCAGGGGCGUCCGAAGGAAUCAAAUUCUAUCUCUACCCCAACCUGACCCGCCUACAGGAUCCAGAGGUAGGAGCCAUAACCCUUACCCAAACCCUCAUCCCCACCCUUCUACCCAUCUUCCCUGUCUCUGUGCAAUCCCCUCCCCCCACCCCCAAUGACAUAACCACACAUAUCCCCUUUCAGCAUCAAUGCAUAUCUGUUUACUUACACGUCUAUCAGGGCCUCUCACUGACAUCUCUACAUCAUAAAGUCAUCUGGACUGCGGAAAAGGAACCGGUACACAGCCUUGGUUAGGGCUGGUUGAAUUAUUAGUGGCACUGUAAUCUUUGAGAGAACAUGUGCAAGACUCGCUAGAACUCUCCAAUCAUCCAGGUUUGUGACAUACAUUACAUGACUCGUCGAACAUCUCAUUCCAAAAUCAUGGGCAUUAAUAUGGAGUUGGUCCCCUCUUUGCUGCUAUAACAGCCUCCACUCUUCUGGGAAGGCUUUCCACUAGAUGUUGGAGCAUUGCUGCGGGGACUUGCUUCCAUUCAGCCACAAGAGCAUUAGUGAGGUCGGGCACUGAUGUUGGGCGAUUAGGCCUGGCUCGCAGUCGGCGUUCCAAUUCAUCCCAAAGGUGUUAGAUGGGGUUGAGGUCAGGGCUCUGUGCAGGCCAAUCAAGUUCUUCCACACCGAUCUCGACAAACCAUUUCUGUAUGGACCUCGCUUUGUGCACAGGGGCAUUGUCAUGCUGAAACAGGAAAGGGCCUUCUCCAAACUGUUGCCACAGCAUCGUCUAGAAUGUAACUAAAUGCUGUAGCGUUAAGAUUUCCCUUCACUGGAACUAAGGGGCCUAGCCCGAACCAUGAAAAACAGCCUCAGACCAUUAUUCCUCCUCCACCAAACUUUACAGUAGGCAUUAUGCAUUCGGGCAGGUAGCGUUCUCCUGGCAUCCGCCAAACCCAGAUUCGUCCGUCGAACUGCCAGAUGGUGAAGCGUGAUUCAUCACUCCAGAGUCCAAUGGCGGCGAGCUUUACACCGCUCUAGCCGACACUUGGCAUUGCGCAUGGUGAUCUUAGGCUUGUGUGCCGCUGCUCGGCCAUGGAAAACCAUUUAAUGAAGCUCCCUACUAACAGUUAUUGUGCUGACGUUGCUUCGGUAGUGAGUGUUGCAACCGAGGACAGACAAUAUUUACGCGCUACGUGCUUCGGCACUCCGUGGUUCCGUUCUGUGAGCUUGUGUGGCCUACCACUUCGCGGCUGAGCCGUUGUUGCUCCUAGACGUUUCCACUUCACAAUAACAGCACUUACAGUUGACCAAGGCAGCUCUAGUAGGGCAGAAAUUUGACAAACUGACUUGUUGGAAAGGUGACAUCCUAUGACUGUGCCAUGUUGAAAGUCACUGAGCUCUUCAGUAAGGCCAUUCUACUGCCAAUGUUUGUCUAUGGAGAUUGCAUGGCUUUGUGCUCGAUUUUUUUAUAUACCUGUCAGCAACGGUUGUGGCUGAAAUAGCUGAAUCCACUAAUUUGAAGGGGUGUCCACAUACUUUUGUAUAUAUAGUGUAAUUCAAUUAGCUCACUGCUCAGGAGUUAAAUGAGUUGAGCGAAAAUAGGCUGGAAGCUUAGGAAAGAGAUAAGAUAUGUUUCUCUGUUGGUCCCAGUGCAAUCUAUGGACAAACUGAAGGCAUGACAGCAGAUGAGAUUUAACUAUGCCGGAUGGACCUGGAAAGUUCCAUGACAAUCAUUCUGCAACAUCAUGUGGUUUUUUGCAAUGAGAUUAGAGCUGCUUUUUUAUUACAUGCUUUGAGCUGGAAAGCUAAAAGGUACUUUUGUUUUAUAAAUUAGAUUUGCAACAUGGUAUCCCAUGUGGUCUUUUUGAGUUCCAAUGUUACAACAAAAGCCUCGCUUUGAUCAAGAUGUUCAGUUUUGAUGGAAAUGUUCCUUUUUAUCCCCGACAGAAGUGCAAUUCAGUGCCCUCAAUUUGAUUUGAGCUCACAACAUGUUUAAUCAAGUAGUAUUGCGUCUUAGCCUCAGUAGCUUAGUUACUUGUACGUUUGAUCAGACGCAGAAGGAAAGGUCAUAGUAAAAUGCCUUAAGUGUGUUAAUCAAAUUUAAUGUCAAAUCUCAUUGCUUAUUAGGUUAAUCAAACCCAAUUUGUCCCAACAAAUAUGAAAAAGGUUGCCGGCCAUGUGACCAGAAGCGCAUGAUGAAUGGCGAACUGAGCCGCCUGGUAUCAUGUUGUUGCUGUUGUCGUCUCAGGUAUGGAUCGACGCAGGAACCCAGAUAUUCUUCUCCUACGCCAUCUGUCUGGGGGCUAUGACGUCACUGGGGAGCUACAACAAGUACAAAUACAACUGCUACAGGUGAGCUUCGUUGUCAUGCGGACAGGGGACUGCUGUAGUAGUAGAGAGAGCAACUCGUGUCAAAGGUGGUUGCGUAAGAAAAAAAUGGGAACUUCGGUUCCGUCUGUGUAAAUUAACAUCCUCCAUGACAUAUGUGUGACAUAGGGACUGUUUGCUGCUGGGAGGCCUGAACAGCGGUACCAGUUUUGUGUCUGGCUUCGCAAUAUUUUCCGUCCUGGGCUUCAUGGCACAAGAGCAAGGGGUGGACAUUGCCGAUGUGGCAGAGUCAGGUACGAGGGUCAAAGGUCAACGGUGAACAUAGCAGUGAUGGUGGGCACUGCUACCGAACAAAACAGAUGAUUGGAAAGUUAGAAAAAACGAUUUAGUCAAAAAGACACCCAGAUUUGAAAGAGGGAAAAAACUAAAAAGCGUCAUUUGAAAAGAGAGGUUUUGGAAACGACAAUGCUGAAAUGUAGAGGUAUCGGCAAUUGCACACUCCUUGAAUAAAGGCCUAAAAGAAACAGAAUUGUUGCUUUUUCUAUGAUGUGUUUUCCACAGCGAAUUUGGCUGUGGUUGAGUGCUGUGACGUGUGUCUGAGCUACCAUGUAAAGAUGGGUUAAAUAAAGAGCCACUCAUAAUCACAGCUGUACUCUACCAUCCACAGUCACCUGAGCUCAAAGGCACCAGGUGCACCGAUGUUCCACUCUAGGGUUUAUAAUCUAUUUAGAAUAUUUAUGUUUAUUUGAAAAAUCAUGUCAUUACAUCUUAUGAUGAGGGGUCAUCCAUAAGUGUCGAUUUAAUUUAUUUAAUUAAGGAAUUGUUUACAGUCACUGUAAUAUGCAGUAAGCCAAAAUAAGAAAUUAUUGGGCAUUCUGUUCCAAUUAAAUUGUUAAUUGUUAUCAUUUGUGUUGGGUAAUACAGUAGACUGUGCUCACGACCAGUGAAAUAGUUGUGGAAAACGACAGUGCUAAGUAUUGCAAUGUAACUGUAAUGUUAAGUACUGUACUGCAUUGAGCUGUGGAUCCCUGAGGUGGCUUUAGCUAAGCGGUUCUGUUUCUGCCCACCUUGAUAUUGUAUUCUAUGUGGAUUCCGAAGGAGAUGCAUCUUCUUUCAGCAUGCUCGCUCUGUCCAGUUCAGUGUUGCUAUUGUUCCUCUAAACAACAACCUGGUUCAGAGAGAAACUGUUUCCAUGUACUUUAACUUGAAUUAUUACGAAGAGAGAAUUAUAUUGUACUGUGACUGUUAUAGCUGUGUAUGCUGUGUUUAUGUCAAUUGGAAUGAUUGAAAAUCAAUGUUUGAUAAUUUUUUUAAUUGCUAUAAUUCAUGCAUAUUUAAUGGAAAAAGAAGAACUUGAAAAAUAGGUCAUAUUUGCGAAAAGGUUACAGUAAAUGUAAAUUGUUGUGGAUAACAGUAAAUAAUGACAAAUAUGUCUAACUAAAUCUGUACAAUAGGUCAUUGUGUUAUUCUGCCUGGAUGAACUUGCAAGAGUUAAUGAUAGAUAGUUUGUUGAGUGCAGUUUGCUGUCUGUUUGCAUAUGUUCAAGUGCCUUUCAAAAUCCUGUUGAAUUAGCUUAUGCUUUUGAGCAAAUCACUAUCUGCUUUGUCAGUAUUUGUUUAACAAGUAACCUAAUGCAGGAUGCUAGAGUCACAAACAGCAUAUGACCGGUAGCAGAUACUUAGUGGAUAGUUCCUCCACCUAUCCAGUCCUUACAGAAGACAAACACAUAGCAUAUACCAAAGGUUGAUCACUUCUAGUACUGGAACUGUAACAUUAGCAUUUCAGAUACUUUGGAUGUCUUUAGUUUAAUGUUUUUAUCCCCCCUCAUACCGUCCAAGCUCAAAUUAGACGGGUUGGUUAAUUCUCUUCUCCCCCCUUCCCCUCUCUUUCCUCCUUCUCCCCCUUCUCCCCCCUUCCCCUCUCUUUCCUCCUUCUCCCCUUUCUCCCCCUUCUCCCCCCUUCCCCUCUCUUUCCCCCUUCUAGGUCCUGGCCUGGCCUUCAUUGCCUACCCUAAGGCUGUCUCCAUGAUGCCCUAUCCCACGUUCUGGGCCAUCCUAUUCUUUAUCAUGCUUCUGCUACUGGGCCUCGACAGUCAGGUCAGUACUAAACCAAUAGCUAGCAUACAUUACUAUUGGUAGUGGUAUGUACCACAGUAAGUGACAGUACAUGUCCCUAGUUAUAAGGACCUUGUAACAAUGUGUAUCUACACUGUAAUUACAAUAUAUUGUUAGUAUAUCUACACUGUAAUUACAAUAUGUUGUUAGUGUAUCUAAACUCUAAUUAUAAUAUGCCUAUGUAUUUACAGUACCAUGUAAAUAUAUAGGCAGUAGGGACACGUACAGAAGUGUUAAGUUGUACCUUUUUGAUUUGUAUAGUUCCUUUGAGGACCUCAGUACAGUAGUUAGCUGUGCUCCAUAUGGAGCACAGGGCUGCAGUCAGGUCAGUCAGGGGUAUAAAAGAGAUUGUGUGUCUGAUCAACAUCAACAACCCCCGGUUUCAAAUCACUUCCAGACAAGAAAGGCGAGACAACACGUUUCACAACAGGCAGUAUUUUUAACCAUUGUUUUCCCAGAGUGGACUCUACUACUAUGUCAAAACAGCUGUUACAUCUUGAAGGCUUGAACGUAAAUAGUAAAUAGUUUUUGUAAAAGUGUGUGAACCUGUAAUAAAUCUCUGAACGCAUAGUAAUUUAGUAGGUAGAACCAAACAGUCUAGUCCUAUAGCGUUCCCCUGAGGUGUCCCUGCAGCCCAGACUCACGAGGUGUUGAUUAAGCCGAACGGAGGCAAGGCCAGGGAGACAACACAGGGGUGGGAUCAGUGGGGUUCUCUCACUAUCACAUUUCCAGCUUCCAAGUGUAAUUUUACUCCGUGCUAACUCAGCCCUCCUCAUGCCCAAUGACACAUCUCAGCCAAACAGGAGAUCAGGAUGAUGGUCCAAACUUGAAAUAAAUACUUGUGCUUCUAGCACUACUAUUUCCAUAGGCAAGCUGAGCAGUAGGAGAGUGGCCGUCAUUCUUGACCAUACAUCUUAUGCAGAUUAUAGGUGCUGAAUACAGUAUUGUUUCAUGGCUCUUAUGCCAUAGUUAUGAGGAGAGGCCUUGUUGUAAAAAAGUAUAUUUCACUAAAUCAGAGUAGUGUGACUGCAACAGCACUGCUAUUAAAUAAUUCAGCCCAUGACAUGACAACUGGAGUAGCUUGAAGUGGAGAGGGUUUCCAUGAAGAAUAGACUGGAGAAAGAGAAGGAGUGAGGUGGAGACAGUCAGUGUUGUUUUGCAUGAACUAAACAAUAGGAGGCCUUCCCAAGAGAAGCCUUGUUUAAAAUGUCUCAUUUCUGCACAACAAAGACAGCAGUCAUUCUCUAGUCUAGUCUAAUCAGUGAUUUGAGGAGAAAAAAAUAGAGAGGCAGACAUUACUUCUUGUUCAACUUUCGACAGACCACUGAGAAAUUAAAUUGGUUCCAGGCUGCACGUUUUUGAAAUGUUUCCAUAUUCCUGUACACUGACUGUACAAAACAUGCUCUUUACAUGACAUAGACUGACCAGGUGAAUCCAGGUGAAAGCUAUGAUCCCUUAUUGAUGUCACUUGUUAAAUCCACUUCAAUCAGUGUAGAUGAAGGAGUUAUGUGCCUUUGAACAGGGUAUGGUAGUAGGUGCCACGUGGACCGGUUUGAGUGGGUCAAGAACUGCAACACUGCUGGAAUUUUCAUGCUCAACAUUUCCCGUGUGUGUCAAGAAUGGUCCAGCAUCCAGCCAACUUGACAGACACUACUGUGGGAAUCAUUGGAGAAACAUGGGCCAGCAUCCCUGUGGAGUGCUUUCAACACAUUGUAGAGUCCAUGCCCUGACGAAUUUAGGCUGUUCUGAGGGCAAAAGGGGGUACAUCUCAAUAUUAGGAAGGUGUUCUUAAUUAUUUGUACACUCAGGGUAUAUGCUCAUAUGAGAUCCAGGGCUAAAAAUAUAGGUUGUUACUUUAUAAUGUAUUUAGUAUUCAUGUUUGUGUAAUAAGGCUUAAAAGCAAUACCAAUUAUAGUGGGAAUGGACGUCAGAGUUCUGGUGGGACACUAAGGUUGAUGUCUUGCUUUCUGUCUCCCCAGUUUGUGGAGGUGGAAGGACAGAUCACCUCCCUGGUCGAUCUGUAUCCAGCCGUCCUAAGGACGGGUUACCGCCGUGAGAUCUUUAUAGCUGUGAUGUGCUGCAUAAGCUAUCUUUUGGGACUUACCAUGGUAACGAAAGUAAGUACACCAACAGCACUUCAAUGUAUCUCUAUGCAUUACAUGUUGUUCUUACCUUACAUUUAAGACACCUUGACAUACUAUCACUUCUGGGACUAUUGUAAUGAAAUUAUGUUUACCUACAGAAACAUAUCUUCAAUAUAAGCUAACGAUACACACUGUCAUUUCUACUAUACACAUUUCAGGUUAGCAUAUAAAAUAACAUCACAAUACUUUUUCCACAUGCUUUGCCGUUGUCACAAUUUUGCGAUCAAAUAUGGGGUUUCUGCUACCGACCUCUCAUAUCACAUCCUGUGUGCUUGACAUCAUGAAUAGAACAAUUUGGAAUUCUAUGUUCCAGUUAGCAGUUAACUUUACUUCAAUUAUAUCUCACAUCUCACCACCUGUUGAACUCUCCUUUCAUUGGCCCAGCGCCAGCAUUCUUAUGUAUCAACCUCCUCCACUUUUUCCUACCCAUGCCCACCCCACCACUCUCCCUCUCUGUAUUUCUCUCUCACUCUCUUUCUUUUAGGAAACUAACUUUUGCUAUGUUCUUUCUUUUCAGGGUGGCAUGUAUGUGUUUCAACUCUUUGACUACUAUGCAGCCAGUGGUGUGUGCCUUUUGUGGGUUGCAUUCUUUGAAUGUAUUGCUGUAGCCUGGGUUUAUGGUACGUUUAUUUGUCCUUUUUGCCAAAUAAAGUGUGUAGCCUACAUUUAGGGAACAAAUGUUAAGAUACUGUGUUUUUAAAGGGUUAAACAACAACAACAACAAUAACAGAUGCGUUAUGACCUCGCUUGGGGUAAACAAUAACCUUGUUCCCUUUCACGCCAAUCGUAAAUCACUUGAAUUUGCUUCUACGCACGGCCCAUUGGCUUCUAUUGAAGGCAAAUUACUAAGAACUAUGCCACCUCAUCACAAUGACCUUUAUAAUGAAGAGGUGAACAGGAGCACAACGACCCAGCUGCCAUCCCUAGAGGUGUUAUUAGAAACGCUGUUAUAGCUGUUAUUAAGAGAGAAAGCAUGCUGGUAUUGCUAAGAAUCGUUUAUGAUGCAAUGGCACAUAGGUUGUCUGUCAUUGCUGAGUGGAACCUGUUCCUAGUUUUGUAACGGUUAACAGUAAACUAGGGCUGGAUUCAAUCUGUAUCACGGAAGUAUCGCGGAAGAUCUGUGUUAAAAUGUAAAGGUAAUUUCCGAUUGAGCUGACGUAUGCAGCGUUUACCGUGAAUGCUGUCUACGCUAAAGCAGGAACAUUGCCCUUAACUUUAAAUUGAGCUAUAGUGCAGAUCUUCCGUGAUGCUUCUGUGAUAUGGAUUGAAUCCAGCCCCUACAGAGAGAUUGUUUAUGCCAUAAUAUGUGACUUCAUGGAAAAGCCGAUAGGUAGAUUACGGUGUUUAUAGAGGCUAUGAUGGCGCCACAUCCUGGACUGAAGCUCUUGUCAUUGGUCUAGAGAUGAAGAGAUACUGAUUCUGUUUUUUGUUGAAGAAAAUGCACAGGUUUUAUAUGAUGGUUAUCUUUAGUGUAUAGGAGACUAGGAGUUUGUCUCUUACAAGUCUGUUCUUAUGUAUCGUUGACAGGCGCUGAUAAUUUCUAUGAUGCAAUUGAAGACAUGAUUGGCUACCGACCAAACCCAUGGAUGAAAUGGAGCUGGACCUUUAUCACUCCCGUCCUCUGUGCGGUGAGUGUUCAACAGCCCAACACAGUUACAGCGUGAUCAACAGCCCAACACAGUUACAGCGUGAUCAACAGACCAACACAGUUACAGUGUGAUCAACAGCCCAACACUGUUACAAAGUGUUCAAUAGCCCAACACUGUUACAAAGUGUUCAAUAGCCCAACACUGUUACAAAGUGUUCAAUAGCCCAACACUGUUACAAAGUGUUCAACAGCCCAACACUGUUACAAAGUGUUCAAUAGCCCAACACUGUUACAAAGUGUUCAACAGCCCAACACUGUUACAAAGUGUUCAACAGCCCAACAAUGUUAGUGUUCAACAGCCCAACACUGUUACAAAGUGUUCAAUAGCCCAACACUGUUACAAAGUGUUCAAUAGCCCAACACUGUUACAAAGUGUUCAACAGCCCAACAAUGUUACAAAGUGUUCAACAGCCCAACACUGUUACAAAGUGUUCAAUAGCCCAACACUGUUACAAAGUGUUCAAUAGCCCAACACUGUUACAAAGUGUUCAAUAGCCCAACAAUGUUACAGUGUUCAACAGCCCAACAAUGUUAGUGUUCAACAGCCCAACAAUGUUAGUGUUCAACAGCCCAACAAUGUUAGUGUUCAACAGCCCAACAAUGUUAGUGUUCAACAGCCCAACAAUGUUAGUGUUCAACAGCCCAACACUGUUACAAAGUGUUCAAUAGCCCAACACUGUUACAAAGUGUUCAAUAGCCCAACACUGUUACAAAGUGUUCAAUAGCCCAACACUGUUACAAAGUGUUCAAUAGCCCAACACUGUUACAAAGUGUUCAACAGCCCAACACUGUUACAAAGUGUUCAAUAGCCCAACACUGUUACAAAGUGUUCAACAGCCCAACACUGUUACAAAGUGUUCAACAGCCCAACAAUGUUAGUGUUCAACAGCCCAACACUGUUACAAAGUGUUCAAUAGCCCAACACUGUUACAAAGUGUUCAAUAGCCCAACACUGUUACAAAGUGUUCAACAGCCCAACAAUGUUACAAAGUGUUCAACAGCCCAACACUGUUACAAAGUGUUCAAUAGCCCAACACUGUUACAAAGUGUUCAAUAGCCCAACACUGUUACAAAGUGUUCAAUAGCCCAACAAUGUUACAGUGUUCAACAGCCCAACAAUGUUAGUGUUCAACAGCCCAACAAUGUUAGUGUUCAACAGCCCAACAAUGUUAGUGUUCAACAGCCCAACAAUGUUAGUGUUCAACAGCCCAACAAUGUUAGUGUUCAACAGCCCAACACUGUUACAGAGUGUUCAAUAGCCCAACAAUGUUACAUUGUUCAACAGCCCAACACUGUUACAAAGUGUUCAAUAGCCCAACACUGUUACAAAGUGUUCAACAGCCCAACACUGUUACAAAGUGUUCAACAGCCCAACACUGUUACAAAGUGUUCAACAGCCCAACACUGUUACAAAGUGUUCAACAGCCCAACACUGUUACAAAGUGUUCAACAGCCCAACACUGUUACAAAGUGUUCAAUAGCCCAACACUGUUACAAAGUGUUCAAUAGCCCAACACUGUUACAAAGUGUUCAAUAGCCCAACAAUGUUACAAAGUGUUCAACAGCCCAACACUGUUACAAAGUGUUCAACAGCCCAACAAUGUUAGUGUUCAACAGCCCAACACUGUUACAAAGUGUUCAAUAGCCCAACACUGUUACAAAGUGUUCAACAGCCCAACAAUGUUACAAAGUGUUCAAUAGCCCAACAAUGUUACAAAGUGUUCAACAGCCCAACACUGUUACAAAGUGUUCAAUAGCCCAACACUGUUACAAAGUGUUCAAUAGCCCAACACUGUUACAAAGUGUUCAAUAGCCCAACACUGUUACAAAGUGUUCAACAGCCCAACACUGUUACAAAGUGUUCAACAGCCCAACACUGUUACAAAGUGUUCAAUAGCCCAACACUGUUACAAAGUGUUCAAUAGCCCAACACUGUUACAAAGUGUUCAAUAGCCCAACACUGUUACAAAGUGUUCAACAGCCCAACACUGUUACAAAGUGUUCAACAGCCCAACACUGUUACAAAGUGUUCAAUAGCCCAACAAUGUUACAAAGUGUUCAACAGCCCAACACUGUUACAAAGUGUUCAACAGCCCAACACUGUUACAAAGUGUUCAACAGCCCAACACUGUUACAAAGUGUUCAAUAGCCCAACAAUGUUACAAAGUGUUCAACAGCCCAACACUGUUACAAAGUGUUCAACAGCCCAACACUGUUACAAAGUGUUCAACAGCCCAACAAUGUUACAGUGUUCAACAGCCCAACACUGUUACAAAGUGUUCAACAACCCAACAAUGUUACAAAGUGUUCAACAGUCCAACACUGUUGUGUUGUGGUUCUGAAAACAUGAGGAACCUAUUGGAUCAGAGUGAAGAGUACUGUAGAAUGUCUCCAUAAGGGACCAUGUCCUAAACAAUUUUUCUUGUUGUUGUUCCCAGGGUUGUUUUAUCUUCUCGUUGGUGAAGUACAAGCCCCUGACCUAUAACAAGGUGUAUGAGUACCCAGACUGGUCCAUCGGCCUGGGCUGGUCUCUGGCCCUGGCCUCUAUGAUCUGCAUCCCCAUGGUAAUGGUCAUCAAGAUCUUCCAGUCCGACGGACCGCUCAUCGAGGUACGCAAACACAAAAGAUGAUGCUAGAUAACCUAGAAGAUGUCCCAAAUCAUUGAUAAAGGGUUAACUAGUUGUAUGAAUAGAAGCACUGCCUGCAAGGAAGUGCAGCAAUUGUGGUAAUGGCAUGCGGUAUACAAUUGCAUAACUUGUAUGAUAUGGCACACAAGAUAUAAGAUAUCCACAUAAGAUAUCCACAUGAUACAGUAUACCAUGUAAUAUGAUUUUAUGGCAUUAUAUAAAUAUUUCUCCUCUCCUCCCCACAGAGGAUUAAGGCGGUGGCGGCCCCAGUAAAGGGAGGUGCGAGUUCUCGCCCCAAAGAGUACAGCGUGAAGGGCAGCGAGCUGACCCAGCCUCUGGACCCCAAUGGGAACAACGGCCUGAUCAAGCCCACCCACACCAUUGUAGAAACGAUGAUGUGA